AUGAAUCAGGUUGUACAACAGCUGGUCAUGAAUAAAACUUCCCAUAUUGAUUAUGACCGGAGAAAUGGCACCCCGUUCAUCAACAGAAUUGCUAUGGCAGAGAUCCCAAGAAAAUUCAAAAUGGCAGUACUACCCAACAUCACCGGAAGAGAAGACCCAAUAUCUCACGCGAAUAAGUUUGAGAUACAAAUGGACAUCCAAAAUGUGUCUGAAGAUGCUCAAUGUAGGAUCUUUCCUACUACUUUAUCUGAUGCUGCCCAAGAAUGGUACUUUAAAUUUCCUCUGGCCAACAUAGUUUCAUGGGAGAGGUUCGUAAAGGAGUUCUACGGACAAUUUUAUGCUAGUCGAAUACACCCAAUAGAUGCCAAUCAACUUAUUGAUAUAAGACAAAAGGAGGGAGAACCUCUAAAGGACUACAUUCAGAGGUUUAUGCGAGCAGCGACUUGGGCCAAAUCGGUUGGAGACGAGGGAAAGAUGAUGGGCAUCACUGCUGGGGUGCAACACCAAUCUCCCCUUUGGAGCAACCUAAGGAAAAAUGGAGUCAAAAGUACUCAGGAUUUUUUGGAUCGAGCAGACAAAUACAUCAAGUUGGAGGAGGCUAUCGCCAAUGAAGGAAAGUCUCCCAAGGCCGACCAAGGCACAAAAUAA